UAAAUAUUCUUAAAUUCUAGCCUGGAUUAGAGGAAUCUUCGUUGUUAUGAUAGGAAUCUAUAAUCUUUAACAAAUUUUGAUAAUAAUAUAUUGCAGGUGCCAAAAGUUUGCACUCUCACGCAGGCAGUUUAAAUUUAGAAAUGGAUUGAAUCGUAUUAAAAUAGACUAUUUUUUUCACUAAUUAUUAUUCCUUUGUGGUCAGUGAUUUAAAUUGGCACAUUCAAGAGGUAUAAUGACCUAGGAAUGAAUUUGUCUUUAUUGUGUUGUUGGAGUAAAACUAUGCACAAUAUAAAUCUAGAGGGUCAAUAUGCUAAUGCUAACGGGGGACACAAUCCAGAAAAAGUGUGCAUUUUAGAUGCGGGAGCUCAGUAUGGAAAGGUUAUCGAUAGGAGAGUUAGGGAAUUAUGUGUUGAAUCGGAUAUUUUACCGUUAGACACUCCCGCCUUCAAUAUCAAGGAAGCCGGAUACAGAGCUAUUAUAAUAUCAGGGGGGCCUAGCUCCGUUUACGCCGAAGAUGCCCCCCGGUAUGAUGCAGACAUUUUUAGGAUAGGAAUUCCCGUUUUAGGUAUCUGUUACGGCAUGCAGAUGAUGAACAAGGAAUUUGGGGGCACGGUACAGCGAAAAGAGUGUAGGGAGGAUGGUCAGUUUCCUAUAGAAGUUAAUGUAAAGUGCUUGUUAUUCAAAGGUCUAGAUAAAACACAAGAAGUGCUUCUAACGCAUGGGGAUUCCAUUGAUAAGGUAGCGGAUAAUUUUAAACCUAUAGCUCAAUCUCAGGCGUUCAUAGCUGGUAUUAGUAAUGAAAAAAUGAAUUUGUAUGGUGUUCAGUUUCAUCCAGAGGUCGACCUCACUCUAAACGGUAAAAUAAUGUUAAGAAAUUUUCUUUUUGACAUUUGCGGGCUGACUGGAAAUUUUACCAUACACGGUAGAGAGGAACAGUGUGUUAAAUAUAUUAAGGAAACUGUUGGAAAUAAUAAAGUGCUCCUUUUGGUAAGCGGUGGAGUUGACAGUACGGUUUGCGCAGCGUUGUUUCACAAAGCCCUGAGGCCGGACCAAAUCAUAGCCAUUCACAUAGACAACGGUUUCAUGCGGAAGCACGAGAGCGCUAAGGUUCACGACUCCUUGCAGAAGAUAGGGUUGAAUUUGAGGGUAAUCAAGGCGGCCGCGACGUUCUCAGAGGGCAGUACCGUAGUUCCUAUAGACAAAGAAGGCAACGCUAGAACGCGAGUAACGAAAAUGCUGUGUCAAACGAUAAACCCAGAGGAGAAACGUAAAAUAAUAGGCGAUAUUUUCGUUAAAAUAUCUGAUGAAAUUAUAGCAGACCUCAAAUUAAAACCGGAAGAAGUCCUGUUAGGUCAGGGCACGUUAAGACCGGACCUAAUCGAGUCAGCUUCAACCUUAGCAUCGGGAAAGGCUGAUACCAUCAAAACCCAUCAUAAUGAUUCGGGUUUGAUCAGGAAACUUAGAGAUGAAGGAAGAGUAGUGGAACCUUUGAAGGAUUUUCAUAAAGAUGAAGUUAGAGUUAUAGGUAAAGAUUUGGGUUUGCCCGCCGAAAUAGUGAUGCGACAUCCCUUCCCCGGUCCGGGGCUGGCCAUAAGAGUUCUGUGCGCGGAAGAACCUUAUAUGGAGAGGGACUUCUCCGAAACGCAAGUGCUAGUCAAGAUUCUGGUGGAGUUCGAUCAGAUGCUGCAGAAGAAACACGCGUUGCUCAACAGGGUGGAAGCUGUCACGACAGACGAUGAAAGGACGUGUCUUCGACGAAUAUCGUCCAAACAGCGUCUAGCAGCCACCCUACUUCCCAUACGCACCGUAGGCGUCCAGGGCGACUGUCGCACUUACUCGUACGCGGUCACCGUGUCCAGCGAGAAAGAACCCGACUGGCAGGACAUCUUGUUCCUCUCCAGAUUGAUGCCUAGGGUGUGCCGAAACGUCAACAGGGUGUGCUACGUGUACGGAGGCAUCGUGAAGGAGCCCCUGCCGGACGUGACCCCCACUUACCUCACCGGCAACGUGCUGGCUACGUUGAGGCAGUGCGACGACGUGGCUAUGACGGUGUUGCAAAAUUCCGGACACAUGGCUUCAGUGAGCCAAAUGGGCGUGAUACUGAUCCCUCUGCACUUCGACAGAGACCAAGCGCUUAGAAUACCCUCCUGUCAACGAUCGGUGGUGAUACGGCCGUUCUGUACUCAAGAUUUCAUGACGGGCCGGGCGGCGGUACCCGGCAAAGAUCUCCCAAUAGACGUCGUUCAGAAGAUGGUUCAGGAAAUCGAAAAAGUGCCCGGCAUUUCCAGGGUGCUGUACGACGUGACGUCGAAGCCGCCCGGCACCACAGAGUGGGAAUGAUCGUGAGCGUGAUAGGCAGUGGCGCAGGAUAUUCGUUUUUAUUUUUCCUAUUGUAAUUUGUUACUUCGUCGGCCGGUUUUAGCGUAGAAGCGAUAUCUCGAAGCGCGGACACGUGUAUCUUUUGGAGGAAAAAAUAGAAUUCCAAAAAACAGUUUGGGAUAUCUUUUUUUAUCAUUAAAAAUCGAUUUUUCUUGAGGGUUAAACCGCUCAUUAUUAUUGCUACGUAAUAAUACUGCUACUUUUUUAAGAUUGCGCGUGGAUGAGUAUAAAAGUGACGUCAGAGAAUAUGCAACCAACAAUUCACCCAUUUCUAAAGAAAGCACUUAAAAGAUAUAGAUGUUUAUUUAUUAUGUUGUUAAAUAUAAUUAUUCUACCUUGAAAUAAAUAAUAAAUUUUACUACUA